UGGGAAUAUAAAGCAGUUACUUUUAUGGUGGAUCCCAAAGGUGAUGAUGAACAGAGCACAAAUGUUGAUGAAAAAAGGCUGGAUGUUGGCUUAAAGGGAGUUGCAACCUUUUUUUCACAUCCAAACCAUUUUCAUCAAAAGUUUUGCUCUCUGUUCAUCAUCAUCACCUUCUUAAUUAUCAUAGACUUGUAUUUUUCCGUGGGACUAAGUUAACAUCAAACGCUAAACAAAAUGGAGGCAAUCAAGAAAAAGAUGGCGUCAAUCAAAAUUGACAAAGACAAUGCUUUGGAUAGAGCUGAUACCGCUGAGAAUCAGUUGAAAGAUGCUCAAUCACGGGUCUCCAAAGCUGAAGAAGAAAUUCAAGGACUUGAGAAACGAUUAAAUCAAAUCCAGGAAGAGCUUGCAAAGGCUACUGCUGAUUUGGGUAGAGCAAAUGAAGAUCUUGAAACUAGAGAGAAAACUUUACAUGCUGCUGAAAAUGAAUUGGCCUCAUUGUCAAGAAAAGUUCAACAACUCGAGGAAACAUUGGAAAAUACCGAAGAGAAAACUCGAACCGCUCAAGUUAAGUUUGAACAAGUCUCCCAAGCCGGUGAAGAAAGUGAAAGAUUACGUAAAAUGUUUGAACAUCGUUGUACCGUUGACGAGGAAAGACUAAAAAUCUUGGAAUCCCAGCUCAAAGAAGCCAGAAAUACCGUUGAAGAAGCUGACAAAAAAUGUGAUGAGCUUGCAAAGAAAGUAGCUGAAGUUGAAGAUGAUUUGGAGCGAGCUGAAGAGCGAGUUCAAACUGGUGAAGUAAAAAUCUUGGAAUUAGAGGAAGAAUUGAAAGUUGUUGGUAAUAAUGUCAAAUCUUUGGAAGUUGCCGAGGAAAAGUCACUUGCCAAACAGGAUGAAUAUGAGUCCAACAUUCGUCAACUCACAACUCGACUUCAAGAGGCUGAAGCAAGAGCUGAGUUUGCUGAAAGGACCGUUCAAAAGCUUCUCAAGGAGGUUGACAGAUUAGAAGAUGAAUUGUCUCAUGAGAAGGAGAAAUCAAAAUCUCUUACUGAUGAAAUGGAUCAAACUUUUGCUGAAUUAACUGGUUACUAAACUUGAUGAUUCUGAGAGUGUCAACCACCAAGCCUAAAGAUACAAGCCAAAAAGGGAAACUUAAAACCAAGACAACCAAAAAAAACCGAAAGCCUUCAAGUUAUCAUAAAAUAGUCAAAAAAUGAUAUUAAUUAAUUCCUUUUGAUCGUUGAAAUGAUAACCUUGCCAUGCUAUCUUGAAAUGCUUCAUAUCAUUUUCUGGAACAAUUGAAACAAUAGAUUAUUAUUAGUAGUUACACCGAUCAUUAAUAUAUUAAUAUGCAAAACAAAAUGAAAAAAAAGGUUGACUUGAAUUUCAUCUUUUCUGUACAUCUAAA